AUGGCAGAUGCUGUGGUUGAAUUUCUGUUGGAGAAUUUGAAGCAACUGCUACUCUACAACUCGGAUGUAAUAUAUGGAGUAAAGGGCCAAGUUGAUUCUCUAUACAGAGAACUCAGUUUGAUGAAUACAUUUCUCAAAGAUGCAAAAGAGAAAUUUAACUCAGCCAUGCAGAAAGAGAGAAGCACCUUCAGUAGAAUCAUCCACGUAUUUGAUUACCCCACAAAGCUUCGAUCUGUUGCAAAAGAUAUCGAAUCCAUCAAGACAAAAGUGAAGGAGAUUUACGACAACAAGAUGUUUGGCAUUGAAGCUCUUUACACUGUCGAAUCUUCAAACAGAGCUUCUUGUUCAUCACAAAGAAGAAAACCCAUGAUUGAGGAAGACAAUGUUGUUGGUUUUGAUGAAGAGACAAAAGAGUUAGUGAGUCGACUCACUAAUAUCUCCGAGUUGCUUUAA